AUGAGAUCUUUUGUAAUUCUAAGUCUUUUAUUAUUAGCCAUCGUUUGUGUACAGUCACAUUCUGUAUUAAAGGUCCCAGCUGCAUGGAACCCUAAUCCAUCAAAGGUUAAAUCCUGUGGAGCUGGUCAACCACAAGGAGCUGCUCAAGCUACCUAUUGCCCAAGUACUGCUUAUACUAUUAAAUGGCAAGUUGUAGUUGGAGAUGGAGUUGGACCAGUUACAAUUGGAAUUAAUUUGGGAACCAAGACCACUGCCAACUUUACCACACUCAAGACUGACGAUUCACCAACUGCUGUUGGCACCUACUCAAUCUCUGUGGUCAUGCCAGCCACCGAAUGCAACCUUUGCACACUCCAAAUCCAAUCUACCUCUGACUGGUUCUCUUGCAGUACCAUCAGUAUUUCAGCUAGUGCCUGUGGUCAAGCCGUCACCGACGCUCCACUCGAACCAGUAAAGGUUGACAACCAAUUAUCUUUCUGCACAAUGAAGAACAAAAAGACUGUCAUGGUGCCAGUCGGUGCCAACGUUGCCGAUAUUGACAAGGCCACCCAAGUCUCGUUUGCUGCCAAUUUGGCCAACCCAUUGGUAUUCUCCAACAAUGACUCUAACUGUCGUCAACUCUACUACCCAUUCAUCUGUGAUCUCGCUUUCCCACAAGCUCCAGGUUCCUUUAACGAAACCGUCGAUGCUUCCAACAGUUUGACUCAACAAGAGUGUGCUUCAUUCUCGUCGGCCUGUCAAGUCACCGAACUCCACUCUUCUCUCUACCCAUGUGGUACCUACCCACUUGAAGAGAACUCUUCCAACACUCUUGUUGCUUCAUUGGCCAGUCUUGUCUUUGUUUCAGUCAUUUCUACUUUAUUGUUCUAA